GUUACCCAGCGACCGUUUAAACCGCGUGAGCGAGCGCAGCGCUUCAGUGUCACUCAAGGAGUGAUAGUUGCAAACCCCAACGGACUGCUGGUACAGUCUGACAUGCGUGGCGAAAAUAUUGCAAACUGGAGGCAAACUUGCAGUGUUCAUAACGAUACCAGGAUUGUUACACUAAUGGGAAUAGUGUCUGGAUGUGGCCCCCACAUUGGAUUUGACUAAAACAAGAUUUGAGGAUUUGUUAAACCAAAAAAUUAAGGUGUCCAAGGAGUAAUUUUCUUGUCUUCACCCUGCUGCAAGGUCUAUCUCUCUGUUGCUCGGGAGCACGUGGUGGGUCAGACAUGUCUGCCAAGGCUCCCAUAUACCUUAAAAGACGAAGUCGUAAAGGAAAGAAGGAAAAACUACGUGACCUUCUUUCGUCCGACAUGAUCAGUCCCCCACUCGGCGACUUUCGACACACCAUUCACAUUGGCAGUGGCGGAGGUGCUGAAGAUUUUUUCGGUGACCUGUCUUUCUUACAAGGUAAAUUUCAUCUGUUACCGGGGCAACAGGGUCACCAAGGGACACUCCAAUUAAGUCGCACUACAAGUGUAAGCAGUCACCCACCAGCCAAUGACACUUCACCUCUGUUAAAAAACGCCUUUUCGCUUCCCAUCAUCGGAGGAGUGCAGGCUCUCACGCUUCCUGCACCAAACCCAGCACUGACGACCACCGAAGUGCAGACCACCUCAUCUCAGCCUACUACUGCCUUAACGAAAACGCCAUCUACACCAACAUCUCCAUCUCUUGCACCACCUCCUAAACCUCCCAGACUGCACCUGGAAGAGCGAAAUUUGGAUCAGUCACUCCCUGCAUCUCCAAAUCGUUCUCGCCGUCAUCCACACACCUAUGAACCAAGUCAAGAGACUGUGGAAGAUGAGAAGUGUGUAAGAAAUGGAGAGGGAGAGGAAAGCCAAUACCUCUCCAAUGCUGGGUCUCUCCUGUCUCUUCAUCUAGACCUGGGUCCAUCUAUCCUAGAGGAUGUGCUUCAGAUCAUGGACAACCAAAGAAUAGGGACAUUUGGUGGCGGACUUGCAUCAAGUGGACGACAUGAGAUAUAUACCUGAGAGGUUUUUUUUCACUAAAGAGAACAUGUGAUCCAUCUGUGAAAACCCAGCAAUAUAAAAGAAUCUGUUUUUGUACAUAAAAUCAUCCUACAUAAUGUAAAGAACAUAACCUUGAUAUGUUUGGGUGAGUAAGGCCCUGUCAAAUAUUGAAAUCAAUGAUUGAAAUCAAACCUUGAUGCUCCAAAUCUCAUCAUUAUGAGACUUUAUCCUGGAUUUCACAGCGCAGUCACAUACUGUAUACGUAAAAGCUUGAUUGUACAUAAAUGGGUUCAUUACAUUUUUUGUUGGUGUAUUAAAACAUUUUAUACUCUGAGAAA